UAUGAUUUUGUUAUUUUUUAAUUUAAAUCUUUCUUGCAUCUUCUUUUGAUUGUUUAUUAUGUCAUUCAGCAAAUUACAGCUUUUGAUAUCAAUUCUCAAUUGUCUGCUUUCACCAUAGCUUGGAUUGUGUUUCACUUGUCAAAUGCAGACGGAUCCAAACUGGAGUAAUUUCUUAUACGAUUCAGUGACUAAAACAAUCAAUCUCAUUGACUUUGGAGCUGCACGGGAUUACCCUAAACGUUUUGUUGAUGACUAUUUGAGAAUGGUUCUUGCAUGUGCAAAUGGUGACAGAGAUGUGGUGAUUGAGAUGUCGAAGAGACUAGGGUUUCUCACAGGAACAGAAUCAGAAAUAAUGCUAGACGCUCAUGUCCAGGCUAGUUUUGUUGUUGGAUUGCCGUUUGCUAAGCCUGGUGGUUAUGAUUUCUGCUCCACCAAUAUUACUCAAAGCAUUUCAAACCUUGGGGCAACCAUGUUGAAGCACAGGCUCACACCACCACCUGAUGAGGUCUACAGUCUCCAUCGGAAGCUUUCGGGUGCUUUCCUGGCCUGUAUCAAGCUUGGGGCAGUAGUACCAUGUGGAGAACUCUUACUCAAAGUGUACAACGAGUAUCAGUUUGGUGAAGACAGUAUUUCAAUCUUGUCAAAUAGGUCCGUUUCCUGAUAAAAUGAUAGUCUAGGAAAUUUUUAUGAUUCACGUAUUUUGAUUUUUGUCCAAAUCUAUAAUUAUAUAUGGGCUGUUGUCCAUCCAAUCAUUCAUUUAUAAGCUUGUUGCCUCAUUAUCAGGGUAAGUUUGUGUUGUAUUUCUCCCAUAAUCAGCUUAUAGAAUGUAUUCUGAUAAUAGCAGAGGGGAUGCAGUGAUUUCAGCAAACGGCUUUUUGUA